GGAAUGUCCGGUGACGUCAGCACGUCUGGACGCCAUUAGAUCUGCAGCUGUUUGGAGAGCAACAACAACAAGACGAAAGACCCUUGUACGGAACGCGCUCUGGACCGCGGGAGCCCGACGCCUCUUUCCCCUCCCCCGGGCUUCACCGGCUUCUAACCACGGCCGCUCUCGGUGAGGAAACUCUGGCCUCCGCUUCCUCCUCCUCCGACUCGGACACCGGCGGAGCGUCGCCGCCCCCGCGGAAGAAGCGCCGAGCCUCGUCGGCGGAGGGAGUAGGAGAGCCCGGUGCUUCAGCAGGCCUUACGUCAGCGACCCACCUCAGCCGAACCGGCACCAACAUGCAGUCGAACGGGACGGGACAGGAACAGAACCACCCGGCCAGCGCGCAGAACGGAGAUGCCAACGGCCUCCAGAGCAACGCAGGCUCGGCUUCGGGGGCCUCCGGGACAGGUUCGGGUUCCCUGAAGAAGAAGAAGCGUCUGUCUCAGGCGGAGGAGGACGUGAUCCGCCUCAUCGGACAGCAUCUGAACGGGUUAGGGCUGAAUCAGACGGUGGAUUUGUUAAUGCAGGAAUCUGGCUGUAGACUGGAGCAUCCAUCAGCCACAAAGUUCCGGAACCACAUCAUGGAAGGCGAAUGGGACAAGGCAGAAAAUGACCUCAACGAGCUGAAAGCAUUGAUGCAUUCACCCAGCGCUAUUGUGCGGAUGAAGUUUCUGUUAUUACAGCAGAAGUAUCUGGAGUAUUUGGAGGACGGAAAAGUUCUGGAAGCUCUUCAGGUGUUGAGAGGAGAGUUGACUCCGCUCAAAUACAACACCGAUCGAAUCCACGUGCUCAGCGGGUAUCUGAUGUGCAGUCACGCUGAGGAUCUGAAGGCAAAGGCUGAAUGGGAGGGAAAAGGUGCUGGGUCACGAUGUAGAUUAUUGGACAAACUCCAGACGUACCUGCCCCCGUCUGUCAUGUUGCCUCCUCGCCGGCUGCAGAUGCUGCUCAGACAGGCCGUGGAGAUGCAGAGAGAUCGCUGCCUUUACCACAACACCAAACUGGACUCCAGUCUGGACUCUGUGUCCUUACUGCUGGAUCACGUCUGCAGCAGGAAGCAGUUUCCCUGUUACACGCAGCAGAUCCUCACAGAGCACUGCAGUGAAGUCUGGUUCUGCAAGUUCUCCAACGACGGCACUAAACUCGCCACCGGCUCGAAAGACACGACUGUGAUCAUCUGGCAGGUGGAGCCGGAUUCGCAUCAGUUAAAGCUCAUACGGACUCUGGAGGGUCAUGCGUACGGUGUGUCGUAUCUCGCCUGGAGUCCUGAUGAUGUUUACCUGAUCGCCUGCGGCCCAGACGAUUGCUCUGAGCUCUGGCUGUGGAAUGUUCAGACAGGAGAACUGCGGACAAAGAUGAGUCAGUCUCAUGAGGACAGCCUGACCAGCGUGGCCUGGAACCCUGACGGCAAGCGCUUUGUCACAGGAGGACAGAGAGGGCAGUUUUACCAGUGUGAUCUUGACGGAAACCUGUUGGAGUCGUGGGAAGGCGUGCGUGUGCAGUGCCUCUGGUGUAUGGCCGACGGCCGCACUGUUCUCGCCUCUGAUACGCACCAGAGGAUCCGUGGAUACAGUUUCGAGGACCUAACAGACAGAAACAUAGUUCAGGAGGAUCAUCCUAUAAUGUCUUUCACUGUUUCCAAGAAUGGAAGAUUAGCUUUGUUAAAUGUAGCAACUCAGGGUGUUCAUCUCUGGGACCUACAGGACCGUGUGUUGGUCAGGAAGUAUCAGGGUGUGACACAGGGCUUCUACACCAUUCACUCCUGCUUCGGUGGACACAAUGAGGAUUUCAUCGCCAGCGGCAGUGAAGAUCAUAAAGUAUAUAUUUGGCACAAGCGCAGCGAGCUGCCGAUCAUGGAGUUGACGGGACACACACGCACAGUGAACUGUGUCAGCUGGAACCCCUGUAUUCCCAAUCUUAUGGCCAGCGCUUCUGACGACGGCACGGUCCGUAUCUGGGGACCUGCACCCUUCCUGGACGCACAAGAGCAGGACGGCCUCAAUGAGAGUUGCAGCAGUAUGGACAGUUGAUGGCAGCCCUGGAACAGAUGACUUGUUGCAACAGAGAAAAACACAAUUACAGCAUUGUCCUCCUCCACAACGACACACGAGUCCAAAUGCGAAAGAGAUUGAGAGCCUUGUUUUCAGGUGUGCGGAGGCUGAUUCGACGGAUCUGAUCUCUUUCCCUCCACGGGAUUCCCACAUUAUUACCCUUUCAUUAGCCCGAAGACAAGAGCUGGAGCGCCCGGGCGGCUGUAGAAACUCACACUCAACCUUUUUCUCUCUCUCGCUCUCAAUCCUCCAGCGGCAGAAGACGAAACACUUUUUUUUAAAGAAAUACUAGUCCUAGCAAUUCUCUCUUUCGUUCCUUUAGCAGUCGAUCAGCUUGGGCUUUAGUGUUGAUGAUGGAGUGCUGUAGUUUUUCUGUUUGUUUUUUUUAUCUCUCAGAACAUAAAAAAAAGCAUUGGUUUCAACCGUCUCCCACGUCAUGCAUCAGCAGGGGUCAGAGGUCGCCGUUUCGUUCUCUAAAAGAGAAUUCUGCUUCAGCCUCCCUCCUGUAGCAGAGCUGUGUGUAUGUGUUUGAAUGUGUGUGCGUGUGUGUGUUCAAAUGUGCCUAAAGUUGGUGUACGUUCGCAUGUGGCACUGUUCUCACACCAGCGUGAGUGUGUCUUUUGUUUAGCCGUACAAAUCAUUUUAACAGAAUCUGAUCGAAGCACAGAGACCUUUAUCUGUGGAACAAAAACUUGAGAACCAUUUUUUUUUUUUUUAAGAAAGCUAAUAGCGAAGUUCCUUGUAUUCACCACUUACCUUAGAGAUGGGAUUUGAAAGAGAGACUGUAAUGUUAGUACAAAAAUAAAUUGACUUUGAUGGUGAAACGCACAGCUUUAAACAGAGAUACUGUGACACUCAAAAUGUCAAUCAGAUAUUCGGCUCCUGAUGAGGAGUUUGUGGUGUAUAAAUGACCUAUGCAGAAACGUUUGAGCUGAGAGCCCCCAUAUAAAGUUUCUCACAGCAGCCAUACCAGCAUUAAAAUAAACCGUCUUCAAGCGCACUACAAAUCCACGAUGAUUUGAUCCACGCGAAAGCUCUGCCUGUACGCUAGUUCAGUUACAUCCACACUGUCACGUUCCCUGAUCUGAGCUGUUUACACCAAAUAUCCAGCUUCUGAGUCCCCUUUUGGAGAGAAAUAUUUGCUAUGGACUGAUAUUAAAUGUUUGAAAAGAAAUGCUUUUCUGCCUGUUUUUAUGGAAGUUUUUGUUACUUUUUUUGGUUUACAAUAUUUUUUUGUUAUUGUCGACUUUAUCUCUGUAUCAUUAUAUUAAACUAUAAUCAGAUAAAUUGUCUCCUCUUUUUUUUUUUUUUUUUUUUUUUACUUUUAAGAAUUAUUAGCUUUUUUUUUCUUUUCUUUUUUUAUAAAUAGUUACAUUAACCAUAAUUUUAGUAACAUCCACAUAUGCUUUCCACAGUCAUAAGAUGGUGCUAAACUCCCCGGCCUUUGCCUCACAGGUGAAAGUUCAUUCGGAAAUCCAAAUUGUCCAGAAAUUCUUUUCUAAAGUUACGUCACUUUAAUACAGAUACAUUUUUAGGGGUUUAUCCUUGCCAACCUGACAGCUUGUGGAAAUAAUUAGAAGCAAUUAUUUGAGAACAAUUCCUGGAUGAUUUUCCAGUUACUAAAGGUUUGUAAAUGGAUUUUGAUAUCGAAUGGCUUUGAAUAGGUCACUUUUUAGUUUUAAUUGAAUUUUGCCUGUUUACUUGAGGACCAUUUUGUGCCAUAAGCUUAAAAAUGGAAUACAAUCUAAACAAUAAUUGGCCGCUACUCGGACCAGGCUGAUGCUUGUGCACUGUGACACAUCUUUGCUGUUCAUUUAGCUGAUAUGAGAGCAGUUUCUUUGGCUUUUACUUCUCCACAUUGUUUUAAAGAACUAAAUACAAGCCUGCUGGUUACAGCAGUGGACAUGUUAGUAAUGAGUAUGAUGAUGGGGGUAGUAUUGUUACUCUUGUACUGUGGGGUUUGUGUACUUUACGAACCAUAUGCAAGAGUGUCUUUCUUUUCCAGCUAACUCUCAUGUUUGACUGAAUCAGACGUGUGAGAAGUUUUCCUCAUGAUAACUGCUCCUGUACAAAGGGCAUCCGUUUGCAUUAAAUGUGUUAUUUCAAAAGUGA